CACCUAGCACCCCGUUUUGUUAUUUCCCCUUUGACAUUUCCCUUCCAAAAUUCGCGCGUAAAAUGUCAAAAUUCUUGCAAAAUUAUUGGUAAAAAUGGAAAAGCUCGCAACGGAAAACCUCUUCCUUUUGGAGUUCCUCGUCGACGACGUGAAAAUGGAAGGAAAAUGCGACUGCGACACCCCUCCCGGCGAGCAUUGCGUCUCGUUUCAGUUUUUGGACAACGACGCCUUGGACGUCUGCGAGGCGGACUUUUCACCGGGGAGGAAAUACGGAAAGGAGGACAACACGAAAAGCGGGAAAUCGUGUUUAUUUUCGCUCACUCCCGAGCAGGUGCAAAAGGCGAGUGAGGUGUUUGAUGUCACUGUGACGGUGUUUAAGAGGAUGCAGCCAGGGUGGCUGCCGGAUAAGAUUUCGAUUGGGAGUGCGCUGAUUUCCAUAGCGAAUUUGUUCGUGGAGUUGGUGCAGAGUGUAGAGUUGCAGGCGGAUCAGACGCCCUCGGCGAAGACCAUGAAGGAUACUUUCGUGCUGAUGGAUUCGACGGGGAGCAAAGUUGGGAAAAUUAGCAUUUAUAUUAGGAUGUCGUGUUUCGGAAAAUUGAUAGUGACACAGUUUCAGAUGAAUCUCGAAGACAAAUCCGUCCUUUUUAAAGACAAAGGGGGCCAAUCCUUGUACCGUUACAAGAAAGCAAGUAAAAAAAACGAACCUGAAGAAAUCCUCCAAAACCCUCUUAACACCCCAUGGAACUCGCAAUGUCCCACCGUCCCCUGCGAACAACCCGACAUGGGUUUUGGCCAAAUCAACCAAAUGUACCCACAACCCAACCCAAACUGUCCCAUGACUCCCUGUUUCCCCGAUGGUAUGUUCCCCCAGGAUAUGGGCAUGUACGCAAUGCCGACUUCCCCUCAAUCGGACAUGUUUUCGCCCAUGGGUCAGUCCAUGUUACCAUGUAGCGAGUGUAACAUGAUGAUGCAACAACAAUACUCCGCCCCCCAACAGCCCCCUUGUAUGAUAUCGUGCCCUCCUGAAGCUAUGAAUUCACAAAUGUUGACUCCUUGCGAGGAAUGUGGGACACUGUUAGCCCCUCAGUUUAAAGCAGAAGUUGGGGGGAGUCCCAGUGGGCCUGCAAGUGACCCCCCGGGGAAUUACCAAGAAAUUGGGGCUAGUAUGGGAGGAAAUGCCUUAACAAUCAGAGUCCACAAGGAUAAAAACAGGAUAGAACAAGUGGAUUCAGUGGUGGGGAGUGAGGGUAGUUGUUGUUGUUCCCCAAGCAACGUGGGGGCUAAAAAACAAAAACAAACAGUGUCAAGUCAGAGUAAUGCAGGGCCUCCUCAAUGUUUUGAUGUUCGUCCCGGAGUGCAACAAGGCGAAAAAAAUCUACCCUUUUCGUUUAAAAUGUCUGGAACCGGUGCUUCCCCCAAUAACAAUGUUAUCAUAAAUCCGCCGGUUUGCACGAAACCUGAUGGUACGAAGUUUACCGAAAUCACUGAUCCCAAUAAAGAAAUGUUUGUGUUGAGGAUUGGGAAGAAGAGUGAAGGAGUUCAAAAGAAAGCUAAUCUGGAGUUGGAGUUGUGUACCCCGAGAGGGCCGGAGUUGAAACCGAUUCCGAAGAAGGAGACAAGGGAUUCGCAGUAUGAUCCGGCGGAUUGCAAAGGGGCUGGGGAUAAGAAAGGGAAGAAAGGGAAGAAGGAUAAGAAAGGAAAAGGAAAAGGGAAGGGGAAGAAAGGAAAGAAGAAGAAAUAGGUGUUGUGUGUCUAUUUGUGUUUCAUGUUUGUGUAUUUUUUUUUGUAUUGUUUUGUGUAAAUACAUUUUCGACUGUG